GUUAGCUGCCUCUGUGAAAACGCUCAAACAUACAGAGUUCGCUUGUUAAGCUAUAAUUAGAACUGACGCUGAAGUAUAAAUGUCUGUGAAAUUGAAUUGCAACAUACGAUUAAGCCAAUAUACUUUCCUCCUUCAGGCAUUGAUCGACUACAAGCAUCUAAAACUGUGUCAGAAGAUAUAGUGAACAUGUUUCUGCAUCUCAGACCACCCUCAUACACAAAGUGGCGCAGGAUUGCUUGAGGAAGAUAACUGUCACCUGAGUUGUUAUACACUAACCAUAGGGUAUGGUUGCUACUUCCUGGUUGAAUAUUCACCACGUCGUUCAACAACUAAUGACUCCAGUAGCUAUCAACCAAACUAAGCCAUGGCAGAGGGAAUGCAGGCUGCAGGUCGCUGCUUCAACAAAACUUCUUCUCAACACAACAAAAGAACGUAUGACGUAAUCAUCACCCCAGACUUCUGGAAAUGCCUGGGUGAUGGAGAUUCUGAUGUCGAUGUACCGGUACUUCGUGUCGUGUGGAAAGGUGGUGAGGACAGACAUGGCGCUGCAGCAAGUACACGAUGGACACUCCACACAACCGGGAAAAGCCUCGACAUCUUCAUGCAGAUUGGAGACACAGCUUUUACUCGUUUGCAUCAUUUCGUUGACGAUCUAAGAAAUGAAUAUAAUGCCGAACUCCUCCAUAUCUUUAGUGGCUUGACAUUUGUAUUCAGACACGGACAGGUUGCAUCUGAGAACAAGAUGGUGGCAGACAAAGUCAAUGUGAUGCACCGAUUUCAAAAUCUUGUCCACGGUUUGGGACCUAAGCCCAGCAAGAUGUCUUUUCACGUGUCGUUUGAUGGACAUGGUGAAACUAGGAGUGACGGGAACGGUGAUUCCGCAUUGACAACAUCAGACAAUCAGCUACAGCUACGUGAACUCCAAAAACGGUUGGAGGAACAUAUGCUGUGUCAGACUAAGAAUAUGGAAAAUUUCAUCAACAAUGUCAUCCUGCAAAAUCGAACACAUAUCGAAAAUGAACUUGACAAAAUUUCCUCAGUCAUAAACGCGCAACGUGAUGCUGCACCCAGCCGACCAACUUACCAAUCAGAUACCAACGAAAUGAAAAAUGAGACCAAUGAAGUUCAAACAGACCAAGGCAAUGACCACAUGUGCGGAGGCGAAAGUACACAGGAACAGUGUAAUGAAUUGGACGGAGACGCUGGGGGCCACACGCGGGGCACAUCGGUCAAUUUACCUUCUGUCAGUGCUGAAUUCCCUUCAAAUAAUGACAACGAGGAUACUACAACCGGUGUAAGGCUGGAACAAUCUGCUGACGUUACUCUUACAUGCUGCAAUAAGCUCACGGAUGGUGCUUCAGAGAUGUUCAGGAAUUCAGAUACCAGUACCACUGCAAAUAGACGCCAGAGCCUUGAACACUGCCCAUCACCAAGUGAAAUAAUUAGCAAGAAUUAUUAUGAGGCCCAGGAAGUAUUAACUUCUUUGAACAUCAAUCUUGACGGAUGGAUACAGUUAACAGAGUCUACAGCCUUGGCACUCGAAGCUGCAAAACCUCCCCCACCAAGAUCCAAAUCGGCAACAACUAUAUUGUGUCUGGAUGUAUCUGAAAGUGUAGGGGGAGACGGUUUUGAGGAACUCAAAGAAAUUGCUCACAGCUUCAUUGAUGGCAUCGAGUCAAUGGCAGAACGGUAUGGGUUGGAAGAGAACCUUGGGGUGGUUGCUGUUGGUGGAGACGCGACGGUGGUCCAAGAUAUCACAAAUGACUAUGGGUCUGUCAGAGAUACGAUAGAUAACCUGGUUCCCGGAGGGCCGAGUCCACUGUUUGCAGGCCUGGUGGUGUCCGUGGCAUCGAUCAAAGGAAGAACCGGUACCUUAAGCAUUGGGGGAGUUCACAGCAUAAAGCCAAGAAUUAUCUUCAUGACUGAUGGUUAUGCAACAUCUGACAGCCAAAGGGAAGGUCAAGAUGCCUUCACCCAUGAUUCCACUGUAAAGAUGCAGCUACUCCGUCUCACAACCGUCCUGGCGAGAGACAAGGCAGACACACACCCAAUAACAUGGGUGCCAGUGGGGAAAGCUGAUAAGGCCUUUCUUUCAUCUUUGGCAAAACUUGGAAAGCAAGAACUCGUGGAAGGGAAAGACAUAUGCAGUCUUUGCAACAGGUACAGGUUACAGGACACAACUGCAAAACUUUUCAUUUGCUUGUCAAGCAACCCUACUACUGACACGGAAGACUUGUCUCACCAUUUAGAUACUCUAGCAGAGGCACUCAUUGGGGACAUGAAUAAUGAAGAAAAGUCAAUCGUUAUUCAAGCGGUAAAAGACAAAAUGGAAGGAAAGGAUGGAGUUCAUCCUGAUGACGGUCCGAGUGAUUUUGACAACGUGUUGGAACGCGAUGGGUUACCUCCCCUUGGGUCCAGAGUACGACGAGGACCUGACUGGAAGAGUAAAGACGAAGAUAUUGAAGGACCCGGGACCAUUAUCAAUCAUUCGAAUAAUCCGUAUCUGGUGUGGGUGAGAUGGGACUUCAACAGCGACCGAAACUGUCAGUACAGCUAUGGCUAUGAAGGACAGUAUGACGUGCUCCUAGUUGACAGCCCAAGACGUCUUACAUCGGAAGAACUGAUUGAGAUUGGCAUUAAAGUCCAAAGAGGAAUCGACUGGUCAUAUGGACGCCAAGAUGGAGGACCUGGCUCGUUUGGAAUUGUAAUACGAAGACGUGAAGAUGGGAAAGUGAAAGUAAGAUGGGACAAUGGUCAUAUCAAUGUUUACAACUUUGGAUGUCAUGGCAGAUUUGACAUUGAAAUCAGUUCUGUGGAAGACGCUGUAUCUCCGGAAGCAACAGAAUCCCAUGGCGAUAAUCCAACCCAAAGCAAAGAUGGCGCUAAUGCCCAAGUAGCUAUGCCGACAGAGGACAAACCACACAUCGUCUGGCAGUGGAAGGAUGAAAGUGGAAAUUGGAGACUCUAUACACAGAAGCAGAUAGAGAAACUGAACAAGGAAUACAAUAGAAAGCCUGCAAGGUCUUGCGUUUUACAGAAAGGAGGUCAGAGUGUCCGUAUCCUGUUCAAAGUGCCAAUGCUUCAGAAGUCGUCAAAUGACAGCAAUAGGCACGAGGUGCAGAGAGUCGCUGUCAGUUCCGGGGACCGUGACCAACUGAUUCAAGAGACUGCCUCUAUUGAGGACGUGGGUUGGACAUGGGUAUAACAGGGACGUCCACGUAUUCCGGUAGACUACACAGAAAGAAUAUAAAGGACAUCCCAUGUGUUUCAUGAAAUAUCACGUUUCUUCAUCUUGUGACACGUGAAAAUAUCUCCUUUCCCCGACUCGAUGAGAGAAACAAAUUUCACAAGACACAUGAAAUAUCCUCUAAGUAUUUAGUACCUGUCAAUGGAAAGAUGGUGUGUGAGUCUUAGAUUGUCUAGGAUUGUUGAAAUUGAGUGUAUCAAUGUAACACAGUAUACUUGAACAUUUUCUUUUACAUGGUGGAUCAUUUUCUUUGCCAAGUAUACUGAUUAACUAAAAUGUAUGCAAAAUACAUUCUUGUACAUUUACCUGUAUAGCUCGGUGUGAUUUUGUAUCUACUUCCGUGUUGCCAUACUUUACCAAGUAAACCGUUUAUGUAUCAGAUACAUUGAUACUUUAAAGUAGUUUGUGUAAACAAUUUCUCAAUCCUGUGUUAAGACGGUGUAAUUGUAGUCGUUAAAACAUAGAUAGGUAGGUAACAGAAAGCGAGAUUUGUAAACUAUGGGGACAGAUCUAUAGAAAAUACUCGUAAACCAUGUUUAGAAAAAUAUUAGACAAAUUUUGCAAUCGGAGUUUGAUUCCGACAGUGCAUUGUGUGAUUAUGUUAACAAACUAUAUGAACGGAAGAAGAAAUAAAGAAAUUUUUAUACCAACAUAA